CCCAGAGAGAGCAUCCACCAGCAUUUGUCCUCCUUCUCCCUCAACAAAAUUUCGGCCGCAGCUCCAUCGUCGCCGUCUCCCCUAAUCCAAUCGCGCUAUAUAUAGGCGGCGGCAUGCAAUCGCGAGACUAGAACCCUCCGCGACGCAUUUGCUGCUUGCCCCCUUUCAAUCCCCUCCCUUUCUCCUCCUCGUCUGAUGGAGUCCUCGCCGGCGGCCGCGGGAGCAAUGCAGGUCGCGUCCCCGGCGCCGCCCUCGCGAUCGAGGGACUCCCGCCUCCUCGGCGUCUUCGACCUCCCCGCCAGCUGGGGCUACCGCAAGCCCAUGGCCUUCUGCAGGGACCACGACGCGCCUCCGCCGCCGCCGCCGCCGCCGCCGGCUGCCGAGGCGCAGCAGCCCAACAACAGCUCCCGAUCCCCAGCGAAAGGCGCCGCGCCGGAGGAGUCCCCCCGGACGCAGUGCUACCAGCUGCGGGACCGGCGGGCCGGGCGGGACAGCGCGGAGGACGCGCGCGAGCACAAGAAGCUGUGGAACAUGGACGGCGGCGCCGGCCCCAGCAAGUGGAGCGGCGGGUUCUCGCUCCAGCUCUCCAAGGAGGAGAUCGACGACGACUUCCUCGCCAUGACCGGCCGGAAGCCGCCGCGCCGGCACAGGAGGCGCCCCAAGAGCGUCCAGCGCCAAAUCGACGCGCUCUGCCCCGGCAAGUCGCUUCCGGAGGUGAACCGCGAUCGGUACAAGGUGAACGAGAAAGGGGGAUUCUGAUCGUGUUACUCUCCAAAGUCGACAGCAGGAGAUUAAUCUCUGGGGAUUUCUUUCGGGUCGAGCAUUGGUUCAUCCGCGGGAGAUGAAGGCAGACAGGCAGAUAGAUUCCCAGGGUUGAUGAUAGAUUGCUGUAGUUCUGUGGAUGCCUUUGCAGAUUAAUCAUGUAUGUCAAUCAAACCCUAAUCAUGUGAAUGUUCAGUGCGGAAGCCAGUUUUCAGUGUUUUCUUGAUUUAUUUACCGAGGCCUACUUCUGCCCUGCCCUCAAGCAGGAUUUUCU